AGACCCCGGGUCUUGCUCGUCCCAAACAGGCAACGGAGGAGAUCCCCCGGGCUCGGACCCGCCCUCGUCUUCGUCCCCUUCCUCGCCUCGUGCGCUCCGCCCGGCACAUCGUCGUCGCUUGAGCUUCCAAAGUUCCAAAGCCCCACCCCCCCGCCAAUAGAAAUCCUCCGCUUCCGUGUUCCGUCACGGCUACAAAUACCACGCUCGCAUUCCUCCCCGCGCCGCUCCUCUGGCUUCCCGCCUCUUCGCCUCCUCCGCCCCGCCACCCCUCCUCCAGUCCCUCAUGGCCACCGCCGCCGCCGCAAUCUCCUCCCCGGCGGCCGCCGCUGCCGCACCAUCCCGGAGCGCCGUCGCCCUCCGGGGGUUCGUCACCUUCGGUGGCGCCGCCCGCUCGCCCUCGCUGCGGUCCGCCCGCGUAUUCUCCAGUGUGCGAACCCAUGUUGCAGCUGUUGAACAAGCAGUUGCACAAGAUGCUACCAAGCUGGAAGCUCCAGUUGUUGUUGUUACAGGUGCCUCCAGAGGGAUUGGAAAAGCCACUGCUUUAGCCCUUGGAAAAGCAGGAUGCAAGGUUCUGGUGAACUAUGCUCGGUCCUCAAAAGAGGCUGAAGAUGUCUCCAAAGAGAUUGUAGCAUCUGGUGGUGAGGCUAUCACCUUCGGAGGAGAUGUUUCAAAAGAAGCUGAUGUAGAAUCUAUGAUGAAAGCAGCUCUGGAUAAAUGGGGAACAAUAGAUGUGUUGGUAAAUAAUGCAGGGAUUACACGAGACACAUUAUUAAUGAGGAUGAAGAAAUCUCAGUGGCAAGAUGUAAUUGAUCUGAAUCUUACAGGUGUCUUCCUGUGUACACAGGCUGCCACAAAAGUAAUGAUGAAGAAGAAAAAGGGAAGAAUUAUCAACAUAGCAUCAGUUGUUGGCCUUACUGGCAAUAUUGGCCAAGCUAAUUAUAGUGCGGCCAAGGCUGGGGUGAUCGGCUUCAUGAAAACAGUUGCUAGGGAAUAUGCAAGCAGAAAUAUCAAUGUGAAUGCUAUUGCACCAGGAUUCAUUGCAUCUGAUAUGACUGCUGAACUUGGAGAGGAGCUUGAGAAGAAAAUCUUGUCAACUAUUCCAUUAGGUAGAUAUGGCCAGCCAGAGGAAGUUGCGGGGGUAGUUGAGUUUUUGGCCCUUAAUCCUGCGGCUAGCUAUAUCACCGGACAGGUGCUUACUAUUGAUGGAGGGAUGGUAAUGUAAGGCUCGAGCAAGCUUGAUGGGCUUCAACUUUUCCUUAGUGUUGUACGUGUUGUGCACGGGGCGAUUUUUGGACUACAAAUUUAGGUUUUUGUCUGAUGGUUUGUAAUGCUCACUGGGAAUAAAUCAGGCAUGGCAUGAGGAAGUUGAGAUAUGUCGUUGAUGUCAUGAUAUGUGCCGAUUCGUCAAGGCUAUUUGACCCUGCAUUACGACUUAUCCAUGAUCAACAUUAUGCUUUAUCACAUCUAAAAAAGAAAGCAUUAUGCUUUAUCGUCG